GUCCCCUGGGUGUCCCUGAUGUCCCCAAAGUGUCCCCAAGUGUCCCUUGACCCCUCAGACAUCCGGGAGAGCGAGAACAUCGCGGAGCUGCACAACCAGAUCAGCGCCUGCGACGCCAUCCUCGAGCGCAUGGAGCAGAUGCUGGGCUCGUUCCAGAGCUCGCUGAGCUCGCUGAGCUGGGAGAUCCGAGCGCUGCAGGGCCAGGCCGGGGCCAUGAACCUGCGGCUGCGGAACCGGCGCCAGGUGAGGGAGAGGCUCGGGGGGCUCCUGGACGAGCUGGUGGUGCCUCCUGAGAUGAUCAGCGUGAUCCUGGAGUCUCCGGUGACGUCCCCGGGGUUCCUGGAGCAGCUGCGGGCUCUGGACGCGCAGCUGGGGGCGGUGAAGGCUCAGGCGUUCCGGGACACGCUCGCCUGCGCCGACGUCCAGCACGUCCUGGACCGCCUGCGCAUCAAGGCCGUGACGAAAAUCCGGGAAUUCGUUCUCCAGAAGAUUUAUUCCUUCCGGAAGCCGAUGACGAAUUAUCAGAUCCCGCAGAAUUCCCUGCUCAAGUACAAGUUUUUUUACCAAUUCCUGCUGGGCCACGAACGAGCGGCGGCGCAGGAGCUGCGCGAGCAGUACGUGGACACCAUGAGCAGAAUCCACUUCUCCUACUUCAAAUCCUACACCGGGCGCCUCAUGAAGAUCCAG